AUGGCCUCUCUAAUGCCACAGGGUAACACACUUCAUGGCCACCACAAGCAAAACCCACGUCAGUUCAACCUCCAUGCAUCAAACACUCUCUUGAUUACUCAUAUAAAAUCCAAAGAGUUGCAUUUGGCAAAGCAAGUCUUUGAAAAUAUGCAUGAAAAAAAUGUGUUCUCAUGGACUGCCAUGAUCUCGGGCUAUGCACGCAAUGGCCGUGCCCAAGAUGCUCUAGAUUUUUUCAAUGGCAUGUUGUACUCAGGCAUAAGGCCCAAUUAUAUUUCUUUAUUGGUUAUUAUUCGUGUGGUUUCUCAGAUUUUUGCAGAACAAAAAACCAGUGAAAUUCAUGGGUUUGUGAUGAGAAAUGGGUUCGAAUCAGAAGCCCCUGUUAUAACUUCUCUAAUAGGCUUAUAUUCAUCUCAUAACGAUACAAAGAGUGCUUUCUUGUUGUUUGAUAGAGCAAUUAUGAAGGAUUUGAUCUUGUGGACUGCAAUGGUUUCUGUGUGUUCUCAGAAUGGUCUAUCAGUGGAAGCCAUUAAGUUCUUUCGAGAAAUGUUGAACUCGGGCAAUGAACCCAACCAUGUGAGCAUUGUGAGUGUAUUACCUGCUUUUUCAGACUUGGCUUCCUUGUUAGAAGGCAGAGAAAUCCAUGGCUAUUCAAUCAAACAUGACUUUUAUGCAGAUACCAAUUUGCAAAAUUCUCUUAUGAACUUGUACUCAAAAUGCAGAAAACCGAGUAUCUCAGCCAGAAUCUUCACAAAAAUGGACAGAAGAGACUUGGUCUCUUGGAACACUAUGAUUGGUGGCUAUGCUGAAAAUGGUUUCACCAAUAAAGCUCUGCUCUUGUUCAAAGAAUUGCGAUCUUGGAGCACUGAAAUAGACCUAACCACCAUAAAUAACGUGAUUCUUGCAUGUACCCAAUUGGAAAAUUCACAAAAUUUGAAACAAAUUCAUGGGUUUUUAGCCAAAUCUGGUUUCUUGAAUCCUAUCUUUCUACAAACUAUUCUUUUAACUGCUUAUGCUGAAUUUGGGGAAUUAGAGGCAGUGGAUCAAUUAUUCAAUCAGCUUGCUUAUAAAGAUUUGGUCUCUUGGUCAGCUAUAAUCUCUGUCUAUGCAAAAGCAGGGCUUGCAGACCAUGCAUUGGAGCUUUUCAAACAGAUGCAACUCAAUGGGAAAGACCCUAAUUCCAUAACUUUGGUGAGUGUUUUGCAGGCCUGUUCUUUACUAGGUGCUCAUAAACUUGGCCAAACCAUCCAUUCCUAUGUACUUAGACAUGGGUACUUUGAUUCCAAUAUGUUCUUGGCAUCAGCAUUAAUAGAUUUAUAUUGCAAAUGUGGGAGUUUACACUCUGCAAAAGCUUUGUUUGAUAGAACGGAUAGAAAAGACCUUAUUCUAUGGAGCUCUAUGAUUAGUGGGUAUGAGAUCAAUGGAUAUGGAAAAGAAGCACUUAGGACUUUCUAUGAUAUGUUGGCUUUGGGUUUAAAACCUAAUUAUGUGGUGUUUAUAUCUGUUCUUUCUGCAUGUAGUCACGGUGGAUUGGUUAAUGAAGGUUUAGAGGUGUUCACAUCCAUGGAAAGUGAACACCAAAUUAAACCUGAUUUGGUUCACUAUGCUUGUGUGGUGGAUAUGCUUGGAAGGAAUGAUAAGGUCAAGGAUGCUGUUAAUUUCAUUAAUGAGAUGCCAAUGGAGCCUGACUCAUUCGUUUGGGGUGCUCUUCUCUCAAGUUGCCAGCUCUCUGAUUCUCAUGAUGAUAUUGCAGAUCUUGCAGCCAAGAAGCUUUUCAGGAGGUCCGGAUUCUUACAUUGUAUUGCAGUGCGGCAAUCAGACUCUUCAGAGCCGAGUUGCUUCAGGAUAAUAAGAUUAAGAUUUGGUUGUCCAGGGGUUCACAAUGGAGCAGCUAUAUGGAAUCAGAAAUUGGUAUUUAGAAUGUCAGGUUCAGCAAGAGAAAAUGUGAAGCAUAUAAGAUUGCUGAUAAUGGAGAAGCAUGCUUUGAGACCCCAUGAUUUCAUCGGUGAAACUACAAUAAAUAUAAGAGGAAUACUAAGUGAAGCAAGCAAGUCAGGCUGUAUUGAACUGAAACCAGCUCCUUACAAUGUCGUCCUAAGGGACCACACAUAUUGCGGUGAAAUAACAGUUGGUCUCAAGUUCAUCAUAAAGAAUGUCAUAAUAUAUGCUAAAAUUAUCACAAUUUGCAUUACAAGUGCUAAACUCUUAAGAAUUAGUGAAAGUGGAAUAACAAUUCAGUGUUUAAAAAAUCAAACGCAGGCUCCAACAUGUCAUGGGUCCAAGCCUGAGUUUCCUUCUCCGAAUCAGGCAGAAACGCUUCGGAAAGCGCAAGAACAAGAGCAUGUCACAUUUGAUUCUACAUGGGUCACUGAGAGAGAUGGUUUGGGAGAAAUGGCUGGGUUUCUGAAGGCGUAUCUGCCACUGAAAGAGAUGGAGAAGGCUCCUGGUUCAGUCAAUCUAUUGUGA